AUGAUUUUAAGACCCCAAGACUAUCUUCUUCAACAGAACUCGGUGGUACAGGAUCUUCUGAUUUUGGCUUGCAGUCAUGAUGUUUCCAUUUGUACCCUUGUCCUUGGGGAUCGAUUGGAUCCAAGAGAAAAACUCGUUAUAUGUUGUCAAAAAGCAAUGAUUUUUGCUGAAACACAGGUUAGAUGUAUAAUUACAGCUGAUGAGGUGUUUCUUAUGACAGGCAAUUUAAAAUCAAGUUCCAAAAUCAUCCAUGUCAACCUCACUCAAGAGAACCCAAAACCCUUAGAUGUUGGGAAAACCCUAGACAUGACUUACUCAGUCAAAUGGAUAGAAACCAACAUCACAUUUGCACGCCGGUUUGAUGUUUACCUGGAUUACCACUUUUUUGAGCAUCAAAUUCAUUGGUUUUCCAUAUUCAAUUCAUUCAUGACGGUUAUCUUCUUGACUGGAUUGGUUUCCAUGAUUCUGAUACGAACUCUUAGAAAUGACUAUGCAAAGUAUGCUCGGGAAGAUGAUGAUCUGGAGAGUCUGGAAAGAUAUGUAAGUGACGAAUCUGGUUGGAAGCUUGUGCAUGGAGAUGUUUUCAGGCCACCUCGCAAUUUGGUUUUGUUGUCAGCAGUUGUUGGAACUGGUGCUCAGUUGGACCUAUUGAUUCUUCGUGUUAUCUUGUUUGCAAUUGAUGCAACAUUAUAUAUUGGAAAGAAAGACCUGCUUGCCUUAACCCUGAUAAAGUGUGGUGAUGAUGAUGAAAAUUGUCAUGUUCUGGAAGACCAUGAAAAGAAACUGAGAACACGUGAGGUGAUAAACGAACGUGCGAAUAAAAAGCUUGACACUGAGAAGAAAAUGAAAGAAAAAGAGAAACUUCACCAGAAGAUUAUUGAGCUUCAAAAGAAGCUUGAUGAUAAGCAACAAUUGGAGCUAGAGAUCAAACAAAUGGAAGGAACCAUGGAAGUAAUGAAGCACAUGACUCAUGAAGAUGUUGAAGCAAAGAAGAAUUUUGAGUCGAUAAAAGAAGAUAUGAAAGAAAAAGAAGAGGAACUUGAGGAUUUGGAAGAGCUUAAUCAAUCAUUGGUAAUUAAAGAAAGACUAAUCAAUGAUGAGUUACAGGAUGCUCGCAAAGAGUUGAUUCUAUUUGAAGGAAAUAUGUGGUUAUGGUAG